ACCACUGGAAGAGCUUUAAAGCCUCCUGAAACCUAUGCCUGGCCUUCAGGAAGUCUGAUUCCUUGGUCUGGCGUAUGGUCCAGGCAUCUCCUGAAGCUCCCCAGGUCACGCAGAGGUGCAGCCCCAGCUGGGAACCACUGACCUAGACCCAGUUCCUGAACUUCUGUGACCACUUCCAUGGCAGCCCCUCUCAGGCCCGUGGUGUGAAGUCUUUCUUUUGCUUCUGGCUUCUGAGAGUUUCCUUCCCUGAUUCCAAGUUAGGCUCUGUUUUGUCUGGUGGGUUUUGUUGCCACUGCCGUUGUGUUAGUGGCAUCCAGGCCUCUGGAUUGCCGCAUGCUUGCAGUGGGAGGAAAGGCCUGUCUAGCAUGUUCUCUACUUCCCCUUCCACGCUCUGUGAGGACAGGGGCCUUGUCUGGCGUGUUCACUGAGGCAUUCCUGACCACUAGAACUGUGCCUGGCAUAGAGUAGGCACUUUAUAAACUCCUGCUGCAUGAACAAAAGAACAAGUGUGAAUGCUUCAAAGGAAGACUUGCACCCAGCUGACCCUCAGAGUGAAGGGGUCCCACCUAAUAGGAAGAACACCAAGAUUUCCCCAAGAGGAGAAGGGCCAUGUGUCUGAACCCUGUGUGAGAUGCUUUGUAUACUAGCCCUUGUUGGGGUGUUGCACCCAUUUUAAUCAAACAACCAAGGUUCUCAGAAAUUAAAGACUCAUUUAAGAUGCCAAAGUUCACGAGUGGAUGGUUUGAUGCUGAAGCCAACAUUUUUAACACCACCUCAGCUCAAAAGGCCUGAAGGCCACUUAAUUCUAUCAACCUUCAACCAUCUUGUCAAAAGACACAUCCUUGACCCAAAGCAGAUAUUCUGUGUAGCUCAUGUGCGUACAGAUUACAAAUUCAACUGCGGAAGCAUAGAGAGGCACUGGAAGAGGCAUCUUAUGAGAGUCAGCCAGGACUGGUAA